UGAAAAUGUUUUCAUUAAAUCAAUCAGGAAUAUUGAUUGAUUUAAAUUGUUCAAAAUGAUAAUCAAAUAUGGUUACUUAUGAUGAUAUAAAUUCGAAUUUAUCAUGGAUGGCAGAUAGAUUUAUGAUCUACGCAGCGAGAUUCCUGUUAACUCUGUUGGUCAAUGUUUCGGCCUCAGAAUCCAAGGAUAACCUGUUAACAUCGGCCAUUCAUAUUGUGUCCCUUUACUAUGGAUCAAUGUUCAGGUACACAAAGAAAUCCUUACUCGAUGUUGCCAUUGAACAGGGAAACCCGGAGGCAGUUAAAUGUUUGGUAGACCUUGGUGAACCCAUUGAUCGGCUUAAUUUCCAAGGGAAAAGUCCACUUCAUUUAGCGGUCAUUCAUGGACAAUUGGCUAUAGUUGAAUAUCUUUUAAAUAAAGGGGCUGAUUCUAAUUGUUUAACUUUACCAAUUACUAAUUUUGAUGAUAAUUACACAUCAGCUGUUGAUGGAGCCGUUGAAACAUAUAAUCAAACUCCACUUCAUUUGGCUAUAACUACAGGGAACGAGUCAAUUGUUCAAUGUUUCAUCAACCAUUAUACUAAUCAAUCAACUUCCAAUGAGCAACAAUUCAAAAUUAAUUUGAAUAUUAAAAAUAGUGAAGGAUUAACUCCUCUUUGUUUGGCCAAAAAAUUAAACAAUCAAUUCAUUGAGAGCCUGUUGGAAGAUCAGAUGACAAACGAUCUUGAUGGUGAACAAUUGAAUGAAUCCAGAGCAAUUAACUACGAAUCAACACCUUCAUUGAUUUCGCCGUCAACGAUGAUCGCAUCUCAUGUUCAACCUUUUGUGUCAAUGAAGUUAAAUUAUCAAGAGAAAAUGAAAAGAGUUGAAGAGGCUGAUGAAGAGGAAGAAAUUGAAGAGCAACAGGAAAAGGAAACGAAAGAAAAAGUAAUCGAAACGAAGACCAGUGCGAAUUUCACUGAUAAAAAGGAAGAUAAUUGUCUUUUUAAAAAGGAAAGUGACCAGUCGACUACCUCACCUUUGGUCAAAUUAAUUCAACGCCGAGAUCCGUUGUCUCGGCUGUUGAAUUUGCACCUCAGAAUGAAAUCAGAUGACGAGAUUCGAUAUGAUAACAAGUUGGUUCGUAGUCCAAAUUCACCGCCGAACGGUUAUACUGGUCGAAGAAAAGUCUCAUUUGUAACAGAAUAUUUUGAAAAGAUCGAAUCUAGAAGAGAAUCGCUCUAUCGAACUGAAUCAGGUCGAUGGCCUACACCCGAUAGUAGUUGUUCAAUCGUGGACAACAAUUAUAAAAUUUUCUCCGAUGAAGAUAAUAAUAACUCGAAAACCAUUGAUGAUUGCGAUUCGACAAAGAUAAUAAACGAAACACUCGAUAGACGAAAGUCACUUGAACCAUUGACCAUUCAUGAAGCGGCUGCAAGAGGAGUGGUCGAAGUGAUCGCUUUGCAUCUUUCCCAAAGAGUGGCCGUUGACAUGAUCGAUACCGAUGGAAACACACCUUUGCAUUAUGCUGCUCGAGCUGGAAAAGCGGAAGCUGUUAAAUUUUUAUUGUCCAAAGGAGCAAAUUUAAAGUAUAAAAACUCUGAAGGUCGAAAUGCGCUUCAUGUGGCCUGUUUUUCGGGUCAUGAGGAGACACUUCGACAACUGAUUCUCCUCGAGGGAAUUGAUCUAGAGGUGAAAGAUAAUGAAAAAAAUACUCCUCUAAUUAUUGCCUCUUCACUGGGCCAUUUGAAGUUAGUUCAACUGUUGACUUUCAGUGGAGCUCAGGUCAAUGUUAGAAAUGAACGGAAACAAACACCCAUUCACAAAGCGGCUUUUAAUGGGUUCACUGAGGUUGUUGACCAUUUGGUUGUUAAAGGUGGACAGGUCAAUAUGGUUGACUCUGAGAAAGAUACACCUUUACAUUUGGCCGCUCAUAAAGGUCACAUGGAAACGGUUCGGAUUCUCCUUGAUUAUGGAGCGACACCCGAUGUUAAAAAUAAACUUAAACGUCGACCCAUUCACGAGGCCGCUUACAAUGGGUCAGUCGAAGUGUUGAACUUGCUACUGAGCCAUAAAACCAACAUCAAUUCACGAGAUAAAAAUGGUGACAGCGCAUUGAAUUUAGCUGCGGCCAUGGGUCAUGUGCCGAUCAUUGAACUGCUCCUCGAUAAAGGAGCUCGAAUUAAUCCCAAAAAGGACAAAACUAAUUCCGCUCUUCACAUGGCCACAAUAAACGAACACCUUGAAACACUGGAGCUCCUUUUGACUCGAAAGGCCAAUGUCGCAGUUAGAGACAAGAAAAAUGAUACUCCGUUGCACUUUGCUUGCUCUCAAGGAAACGCGAUAAUUGUUCAAACGCUUCUUAAUUGUGGGUCACCAAUCAACGCGAAAGGAUCAUUGGGACGGACACCCCUUCAUUUGGCAGUUCUAAAUGACCAGACUAAGAUCAUUCGUCUUCUGUUGGAAAAAGGUGCCGAUAAAAUGAUAAAAGAUUCCGACGGCAAAACGGCCUUAAGAUACGCUAAAUUAAAAGGAUAUUCUGAAGCCGUUCAAGAAUUAACUGAUUAAUCAAUUUGACAAUCAAUUUAUGGUCACAAUCAAUUGGCCUUUUUUCGUGUUUUUUUUAAUUGUUAAACUUAAGACUCACUUUUUGUGAUAUUUCUCAAUUACAAAUUGACAAUUAGUACUAAUUGUUCAUCUUGACUCAUCACUUAAUCACUUUUUAACUUUAAUUGUCAAUUUUUUCAUUUUUGUAAAUGUAUUAUUAAUAUUAUUUUGAUCAAAUUUUUAUAUCAAUAGAUUGACAAAACAGUUUUUUUGAUUA